AUGCCUGCACCCUUUGUAAACGGCUCGUUGGCACCUGGCGAGGCAGUUGACGGUGCGACUGGUCGUGCUUGUCGUGGCUCGAGUGCCUCGGAUUUCGCAUUCAGGGGAGCCACUGAGACGGCAAAUGUGUCGGUCUGUGUUGACAUGUCUUCCAUGCGGGAAACAGGUCCUGGAGAUAACUCCGCAGCUCACUACACCGUGGUACAAGGACUCAGCCAACUUGCCGACUGUCAGGCCGAAUGCCUCCGGCAGCCUCUCUGCCAAGGUGUUGAAUUCAGCACGAACCGCUGCGAGAUUUGGAUUCGACCGGAAGGCAUUCAAGCCUCCGCAGCAGUGUCGGGCUACAGCUGCUAUCGCUUCCUGGAUGGGAGCAUGUCGACAACCACGCCAUAUCCUCCGGGUGCCUUUGAAGCAGUCGAUGGUGGCAAGGAUCGCGCGUGCCGCGGAGCCAGCGCCGGCGACAACUUGCCAAGCUACUACAGCGUCGCGCCCGGCAUCGGCAGCAUCACAUCCUGCAAGGCAGAGUGCAUGAAUGAGCCUGCCUGUACGGGGAUCGAGUACAGCAACGGCCGCUGCGAAGUCUGGACGCGAAGCGAUGGCAUCCAAGCAUCCAUCGCACUCAGCGGCUUUCACUGCUGGCGGCGGUCGGAGGACACGGGCAUACGCUCCUGCACGGCUGCUACCACUGAGCUAGGUGCUACGGAUGCGAUCUGCGCUGAAACCUGCAGCUACCUGGACGUCGGCCAGUGGCCUUGCGGUGGAAAUGGCCCCUGCGUCUGCAGCGGUGGAACCACGACUGCAACCACGGUGGCUCCCACGACGACCAUGCGCAGCACCACUGUGGCGGCCACCACCACCACGACCACUGCCGCCACCAGCACCACCACCACCACCACCACGCGGGCCACGACCACCACAGCCAGGACCAACCCGCCCACAACUACCACCAUGGCGGCUACCACGACCCUGUCAACCCCGUCCUCCACGCUGGAACGGUCCAUCCAGGCGUUGGAGGGCUCCAACUCCGAUGGGGUCUUCAUGUAUGACACCGGCAGUGGGUGGCUGCCAUCCGAUAUCUACACGUGGCCGGACAUGAUCCAGGCAGUGCGCUUGAUGGCUACAAGCGGUGUUGGGAGCCUGAAGCUGUGGUUGGGCGACACCAACCACGUGUAUGGCUUGGUGAAUGUGGCUGCCUUUCUGGCGCAGUGCAUGCAGGAGACUAUUCAGUACAAUGCCUGCGAUGAGAACAACUGGAGCGACAAGGCAGUGGUUCAAGAGGCGGGCGGCUCGACUUACACGUCGGCCUCGGCAUGUGGACAGCUACACCAGUCGUACCAGGAUUACAGCUGCUCGGCCGAGGAAGAUGCUCUGGCUGGGGGAAAGAUGGCCUGUGACGUCGACCCCAACAUGGAAAUGCGCGCCUUCACGCAGGCCGGAUGGUACGGUGCUCCCGCCAAGCUCUUCUGCGCCCCGAAGUCCAAGGUGCCAAAGGCUCCCAGGUGGGACUACAGCGCCCCGUGGUGUGCGCCGGAAGACGGCUGGGGCCAUGUCCCUCCCUUUGCGGACGACGUCCCCCUGGACGAAUACUUUGAGUACGUGAACGGAGGUGGCAGCUGCAAGGAUUACCAGGGCAUCAAGACAGGAGGAUGGAAGUUCACCGGCGAGGGCUGCGAGACUUGGUCGAUGGCGCCUGCCCCAACUCCGAUGCGCCUUUGUUUGGCCAACCGGAGGGGCGCGAGGACGUUGAGGGCUGCUGCUGGUGGGGCCGAGGCUGCUUGCGGCCAUGAGCUGAACUUCUUCAUGGGCAAGAGGGCGGCGGAUGAGGGAAGGUCCUCGAUUUAUCCGCAGAUCGAUUUUUGCAAGAAUCCGAGCCUCGGUGGCUGCGUUAGCCACAUGAGCCGGCUCCGGAUUAACGUUGGGCGAGCUGACAAGGCAAACGUGUCCUCCCACCACAAGCCCAAAUACCAGCUGAACGCCGUGCAGCCGUACACCUCGGGCGGCUGGGACUACAUCGCCGAGCUCAAAAAGUGGGUGGACAAUGGCAUGCAGCAGGGUGACCGGUCCUUCAUCAACGGGGCGUCCGGCAUCGUCAACCGCGGCUGCCACAAUCCACCCAACUGCGGCACGGGGGAGUUGCAUGCAGCCACAGAGACUUGGGUGUAG